CCACACAGGAGAGAUUUGUAAACGGAACUAUCAAGUGCUGCCAUGUUCCUUAUCACGGAUCGAUUUGUCGAUCGAUUACAGUGUUUGUGAGAUCGUUGGAAGCGUGUGCUUAAGUCGCCCCGUUUUAAAAACAUUGUACAUUGAGUCGCAGCCUUGAAUACGAGUCCUCUGAAUCGUCUCUGACACCAUGCUAGCCACAGUGACUGCUGUGGUUAGGUUUGCUCAGUACAAUGGCAGUAUUUCACCCACACCUCUGGAGAACACAACAACAUUUACGACAUGGAAACCUGAUCGUGAAGCCAACAUCACCAAGCCUCACAAAUGUCUGCAAGUUCUCUAUGAGGACAUUGGAGAGUCCAGGGUGCGGUUCUGGGAUAUGUUAUUGCUUGUGCCUAAUGUGGCCUUUUUUGUAUUCCUGAUGUGGAAGUUGCCCUCCGCCAGGGCAAAGAUUCGACUCACUUCCAGCCCCAUAUUCGUCACCUUUUACCUGCUGGUUUUUGUUGUAGCAGCAGUUGGAAUCACCCGGGCCAUCGUGUCCAUGACUGUCAGUGCAUCCAGUGCUGCCACCAUCAUAGACAAAGUGCUGUGGGAAAUCACCCGCUUCUUCUUGUUGGCUAUUGAGCUCAGUGUCGUUAUCUUGGGACUGGCUUUCGGUCACCUGGAGAGCAAGUCCAGUAUAAAGCGUGUGCUGGCGAUCAGUGCUGUCCUGGCUCUGGCUUACUCCAUCACACAGGGCACACUAGAAAUCCUGUAUCCAGACAGUCACCUCUCUGCUGAGGACUUCAACAUCUAUGGCCACGGGGGGCGGCACUUCUGGUUGGCCAGUUCCACCUUCUUUUUCCUGGUGUACUCUUUGAUUGUGGUCUUGCCUAAAACUCCGGUGAGGGAGAGGAUAUCUCUGCCAUCUAAGAGGAGUUUCUAUGUGUACGCUGCCAUCCUGGCUUUACUCAACCUGGUCCAGGGUCUGGGCAGCGCUCUGCUCUGUGCUGGAAUCAUAGAGGGUCUCUGCUGUGUGGAUGUCACUACCUUCCUCUAUUUCUCCACAUUUGCUCCACUCAUCUAUGUCACGUUCCUCAAAGGCUUCUUUGGUUCAGAGCCCAAGAUCCUGUUCUCCUACAAGUCACAGAUAGAUGAGCCGGACGACACCGACGUCCACCUUCCUCCGACCGUCGCUACCACUCUUGGCCGUAAGGAGCUGAAUGACCAGGGUCUUUUCUACUCCUCCACCCAGAUCGAUGGCUCUGGUCCAGGCAGCUCUCGCAUGGUGGGAGCAUACCUGGAUGAUGUUGCCUCUGGACCGUUUGGGUCCAGCAGCAUUAACAGUAUUGAAGCCGACCGCUGGAGACCCAUCAAUGCCUGAGAUGGUCAUCCAGCUGGACUUUAAAUAUAAUGCACACAUGUUGGGCAGGAUGGAGACCAGUGGAGUUGAUCAAAACAAACAAAAAAACGCACAGCAUUUGGAUACUAAUGGAGGGGGACCUAUGCUCGUCAUUUAUGUGGAGGACUGUGGAUUUAGCAACUGCUUUUGUAAAACAGUUGCGAGAGUGCACUGCUGCUGUGGCUCUACACUCAGAGUUGUUCUGUCCUUUGUUGUGGCCCCGACUGACUCCAUGUUGAUCGUGUUCCACAGGCUUUUAAAUGGGGGGGGGGGG